GACGACAAUAGGAUCCAAUUGCUCGGCGCAUAUAUACACUGCUCAAGUACGCAUCUCCGCCGAAUGAUUAAUAUGGCAAACUCCCCGGACUGCGACUGACUUUAAGCGCCCAGCUCCAAUCCCCGCCUUCACCAGCACCUCCGCAUAUCCUCUGCAACCUCCCAAUCCACCACAACCAUGGGCUGGUUCAGUUCCGGCGCAAAGGAAGAGUCGGGCGUCAAAAAGACAGAAGGCGGCGCAUUCGAAUCCCCAUCACGCUCAAAUCGGAAACAAUGCUACGCAGCACGCGACGCCUUUUUCGAAUGUCUCGACAAGAACCAAAUCCUCGACAGCAUAAAUGGCAAAAAGGGUCGGGAAAAUUCUGAAAGGUUGUGCGGGCAGUUUGACAAGGAAUUCGAGAAGAACUGUGCACACAGUUGGGUUGAGUACUUCAAAAAGCAGAGAGUGGUCAACUUCCAACGCGAGCAAACAAUCAAGAGGAUUGAGAUGCAGGGAGGCGAAAUUACUGCACCGCAAUUACCUGUGCCUGGUCAGAACAAGUAGGAGGAAGGAUGGCAUGGAACUUUUGCUUUUGUUUGGCCCUGUUAACGCCGCUCAUGAAAUGUUACAAUACCAUGUAAAAGAUAACUGUAUUUGUAGACUAUGUACA